CCAAAAUGCUGAGCUUUGAGUUCCCAUCCACUGAAGCAAUAUCUAGCCAGAUAUCACGAAGUCGCUUAACUUUCUGAAAACACAACAAUUAAUAAAGAAAAAAUGGUGAGAGCUCCAUGCUGUGAGAAGAUGGGGUUGAAGAAAGGUCCUUGGACCCCUGAAGAAGAUCAGAUUCUGAUCACUUACGUUCAACGCUACGGCCAUGGAAAUUGGCGAGCACUUCCAAAACAAGCUGGUUUACUGAGGUGUGGAAAGAGUUGCAGGCUCCGGUGGACAAAUUACCUGAGACCAGACAUCAAAAGAGGAAAUUUUAGCAGAGAAGAAGAGGAUACAAUCAUAAAUUUACACGAAAUGUUAGGCAAUAGAUGGUCGGCAAUUGCAGCUAGGCUACCAGGACGAACAGACAAUGAGAUAAAAAAUGUUUGGCACACCCACUUGAAAAAGAGGCUCGUCAAACAACACCAAGACAGUACCCCAGCAGCGGCCAAAAGAAGUUGUGCUCCGGCCACCAAUACGUUCGAAUACUCUCACGUGGCUAAAAUUAAUGAACUAGAACCCAUGAAUUUUCCAAGUCAUGAUGCAGCAUCUGAGAGCCCAGAACAUAGACCAGUCUCCCCACAAGAAUGUUCAAGUGACUUGUCAUCCACGAUCACCAUGGCUGACAUUAACAGCGACAACAGUGGGUACCUGAAAGCCGAAUCCCCAGGAAACUUCCCGGAAAUGGAUGAGAAUUUCUGGUCAGAGGUGUUGUGGACAGAAGAUUCGGGGGAGGUGAAUGAUUUUUCUGCUGCAGUUGGUGGUGAUCAUCUUGAUCAAGAAGUUCAACUUCCAUUUUCUCCAAUAGGGACAUUAAUGGAGCCUGUCCAUGCGUUUGGUUCAAACAUGCACGAUAGCAUGGAUUUUUGGUUCAACCUUUUCCCAAGGGCGGGGGAAUUGCCAGAUUUACCAGAAUUUUGACCAAAGUCAUGUUUGGUUGUAAUUUUAUUUUUUCAUACUUUUUUAUAAUUUUUCAUGUGGGAAAUGGAUGUCAAGUUUGUUGAGCCUUGGAACAGAAGAAUUUAUAUGUUCAAUAUGACAGAUAUUGAAUUUUGGAUUUA